AUGGCGCUGCUAUGCGCCGCGCUAGCCCAGCCGUUCUCGCCGCGCGCCGCGCUCCCGGUCCGCCACCCUCCGACCUCGCUGACAGGAUCCGGGCUUAGCCUCGACUUCUCGCUUCCGCCACAUCCAGGUCUCGGCGCGCCCCAGCGCGCGUACCCCAGGAUCGAGGCGACGGCGAGGCGCGGCGCGCGCACGGAGAAUGCCAAGGUCAGGAACCGUCGGCUGCAGAAGAAGUUCAACGGCACGGCGACAAAGCCCAGGCUCUCGGUGUUCUGCUCCAACCGGCAGCUCUACGCCGUGCUCGCCGACGACCACAACAAGAAGAUCCUCUUCUACGGCAGCACGCUGCAGAAGUCCAUCUGCGGCGACCCGCCCUGCGGCACCGUGGAGGCAGCCCGGAGGGUCGGGGAGGAGCUCGUCAGGGUGUGCAACGAGCUGGGCAUCUCCGAGGUCUCCUACGACCGCAACGGCUUUGCUCGAGGCGACAAGAUGAUGGCGUUCGAGGUUCCGGUCUCACAGCACGGGUUCCUGCCAAGAUAG